AUGAGCCAAUUUAGGUUGCUUCAAAGGACUGAAGCUGCAUUGCGUAUUGCACCGAUGCGUUACCAGAAUAGGGCAGGCAAGAACGUAUUCUUGGAAGUACGGCCGUGCGACACUCGUUUGUGCCGGAAACUGAUCGUGACACGACAAGAGUUUGAUGAUUUGGCGUACACUUGUGAGCAGCUAGCAUGCGAAGGAAAAAUGGUAUUGGUCGCCGCACUCGAUGGAAAUUUCCUCAGAAAGCCAUUUCCCGAAGUAUCACAGUUGAUAUCGUACAGCGAUGAAAUCAAGAAAACUAUCAGCGAAGGACUGCAAACGUUCAAUGAGAGGAUGAGAGCACAUCUUCUCACUUACGAAACUAUUAUUUAUUGA